AUGUCAGGACAACAGUGGAAAAACGUCUCUUUAGCUUGUGUUUUUGUGCUGUUAACUUUUGAGGCCUAUUCAUUGCCCCUCUCGACAAAUGGAAGAUGGAUAGUUGAGGCAACGACUGGCCAACGUGUGAAGUUGAUAUGUGUAAAUUGGCCGGGACAUAUGCAAGCCAUGGUGGCAGAGGGUCUUCAUCUCAAGCCACUUGAUGACAUUGCAGCCAUGGUGGUGAAGUUGCGGUUUAAUUGUGUGCGUUUGACUUACUCGAUUCACAUGUUCACACGCUAUGCUAAUUUGACUGUUAAGCAAUCCUUUGAAAAUUUUGAUUUGAAAGAAGCCAUAGUAGGUAUAGCCCAAAACAAUCCUACUAUAUUGAACAUGAAGGUCGUUGAGGCUUAUGAAGCAGUAGUCGAUUCCCUUGGUGCACAUGGAGUUAUGGUAGUUUCUGAUAAUCAUAUAAGCCAACCAAGAUGGUGUUGUAGUAAUGAUGAUGGAAAUGGUUUUUUUGGAGAUCGCUAUUUCAAUUCCCAAGAAUGGCUACAAGGACUUAGUUUGGCAACGCAAAGCCUAAAAACCAAACCUCAGGUAGUGGCAAUGAGUUUGAGAAACGAACCACGAGGACCAAAUCAAAAUGUGGAGAUGUGGUUUCAAUAUAUGAGCCAAGGAACUAAACUUGUUCACCAAAUUAACCCAAAUGCUUUAGUAGUGGUUUCUGGACUAAGUUAUGACACCGAUCUAAGCUUCUUGAAGAAUAGGUCAAUGGGCUUCAAUUUGGACAACAAGCUUGUAUUUGAAGCUCACUUGUACUCCUUUACAAACAACAUGGGUGAUUAUUGGACAUCAAAGCCAUUGAACACGUUUUGUGCUAAUGUCAACCAAGGAUUUGAAGACCGAGCUGGAUUUCUUGUGAGAGGACAAAACCCAAUACCUCUCUUUGUGAGUGAGUUUGGGAUCAACCAAAUGGGAGUAAAUGAGGGACAAAAUCGAUUCUUGAGUUGCUUUUUUACCUAUCUUACUAAGAAUGAUUUUGAUUGGGGCCUAUGGGCGUUGCAAGGUAGCUACUACUAUAGAGAAGGUGUGAAAAAUGAUGAAGAAACCUUUGGCGUCUUAGAUUCUAAGUUUACAAAUGUCAAAAACCCAAAAUUCCUUCAGAAGUUUCAGCUUAUGCAAACCAAACUUCAAGAUCCAAGCUCAAAUCUUACAACAUCAUUCAUAAUGUAUCAUCCUCUUAGUGGUGAAUGCGUGCGAAUGAACAAAAAGUAUCAAUUAGGAGUUAGUAGUUGCAAGACAUCUAAUCGUUGGAGUCACGAACAAGAUGACACUCCAAUUAAGUUGGCCGGUUCUAUAUUGUGUUUACAAGCUGUAGGAGAUGGACUCCCUCCAAUUCUAUCUAAAGACUGCUCAAGCCAACAAAGUGCAUGGAAAUAUGCUUCAAAUGCCAAGCUUCAACUAGCCACUGUUGAUGAACAAGGACAAGCCCUGUGUUUGCAAAGGGCUUCUCAUUCCCAUCAAAUUUUGACUAACAAAUGCAUGUGUCCUAAUGAUUCUGAAUGCCAAGGAGAUCCACAAAGUCAAUGGUUUACACUUGUACCAUCAAAUGUACAUCUCAGUUAA